GCCCCAAAGUACCCUCCCAUGUUGAGGGCCAGUGCCAGUGCCCAUCAGUGCCACAUUUCAGUGCACAUCAAUGCCACAUAUCAGUGCCCAUCUGAGCUGCCUUUCAGUGCCACUUAUCAGUGCCAGUCAGUGCCACCUAUCAAUUCCAGUCAGUGCCGCCUAUCAGUGCCAGUCAGUGCCACCUAUCAGUGCAAAUCAGUGCCGCCUAUCAGUCCGCAUCAGUGCCCGUCAAUGCUGCCUAUCGGUGCC